AUGGAUGGACAACCAUUUCUUAUACAAAUAUCACUUCGGUUAUACGUUUGUUGUGCUUACACGUCUUAUAUCGUCCCCAUCAUCGCUGGUGUUUUCAGAAGAAAAAAGACAAAGCAAUUUACGUUGCAAAUAGAAAGUUGUAUUCAAAUCAUGGAACAACUAAAUAUUCCAAUAAAUCUGUCUAGAUGUUUUUGGCAACAGUGUUAUAUAAUGUAUAUAAAAAUAAAAUUUAGUCAAUUAAAUGACUUAUUAAAAAGUAUGUUAACGACUACUAUCGAUUCGCCACAACAUAAAAGAAUCAUUCGAAGCAGAAAUAUUAAAAAUAACGAUCCUCUAUUAAAUAAUAUUCGUCGAACGUAUAAAUUGGACGAUGACGCCAUGAAGAUAAAAAAAGCAAGGUGCAUCAAAUCGGAAUUUGAACGAGCAAAUGAAUUGCUUGGCGAUGUUAGCGUGCUACCUAUUUCUUCUAUUGCUUCGGAAUUAUUUGAGCACAAAGAAGCUGGUGGUUCCUUUUCUAUAGAACAAUCUCUUCCCAUCAAUUCGGAAAAAUUAUUUAUUGUUACACCGUUAUUAAGACAAAGGCAAACACAAUUGCAAAUUUCAAGUCACAAAAUAAAUAGAAGUAGAAUGUUGUUACGAACUAUAAGACAAAUUCAUCUGGAACUAUGGAGAGCGUCGAAAAGUUUUAUGGAAGAAAUAAGUGAUACUCAGGGAUUGAUUCUUCAACUUAUUAGAACGCUCUUGUUGUGUUUACAACAUUCAACUAAGAUUUUCGCCGUUAAUUAUUUGUGUGACAAAACAACGAAAGAGGCUGCACAAACCAACGAAAUUAUUCACACAUUUUAUGGGCAAAAUACGGAUUUCGAGAUACAAAAGGAGGUGGAAAUAUUUUCUUUGCAAAUGAUGCAACGUCCUAACGUGUAUUCUGCAUUUGGUUUAUAUAAUCUUAAUUGUAAACACAUUUGUUCGUGUAUCGGCAUCAUAACAACGUACAUGGUUAUCAUGGUACAAGUAACCGAUUCAAUAAAAGGAGGAUCAUAA